AUGACUCCUGGUGGGGCUGUUUAUGCUGCUGUUGCCGCUGUCGUUGUUGCUGCAUUUGCUGUUGUUUUUACGGCUGCCGCCUCUGUCGCCUCUGCACGUGUUUACUUUGGCACUGCGUACUGGUGCUUAGUGGUGAUGGUGAUGGUGCUGAUGCUGUCCGUGAGCGCCUACGAUAAGUCGCUGUGUGCGUCCGUGUGUUCCCUUGCUGCCGCUCAGGGACCGCCUCCGCUUGUACACCCUGUCCCAUACUUGCACCUUGCAUCCUACCUAAACCCAACGAUCUGUUUACACCUGCCACACCCCACACCCUGUCAACACCCCACAUCCUGCCAACCCCCACGCCCUGCCAACACCCCACACCCUAACCAACACCCUGCCAACACCCCACACCCUGCCAACACCCACGCCCUGCCAACACCCCCACCCUGCCAACACCCCCACGCCCUGCCAACACCCCACACCCUGCCAACACCCCACACCCUGCCAACACCCCACACCCUGCCAACACCCCACGCCCUGCCAACACCCCACACCCUGCCCAACACCCCACGCCCUGCCAACACCCCACAGCCUAAAUGA